AUGGCAUCAUUCAUUCAGACUCUCUUAACUAAAAUUCUUCAUACACUAUACGUGAUUCCAUCAACUAUCUACGACAUGAUCAUCUCAAAUUUCUUAACAAAAUACAGCUAUGAGAGACUAGUCUUUUAUAUGAAACCCAAAGAAAUCCUAAAAGAAUCCUAGAUAUUGGACAUAUAUGGAACUAAUUACCGAGUAGAUAUUGAUCAAGCCUAUGUCUUAAAGGCAAAUAACAUUUUUAGAAAUUACAAUUUAGGUGGACGCAAAUUGGAAAUCAGAUAUCAAAAUUUUUAUGAAGUGACUGAAAAGAAGGAAGGUAAAUUUGAUGCAGUUGUCUUUUCCUCAUCCUUUAUGCUUAUGCCUAAGAGAAUCGAAGCACUUGAAUUGGCCAAAUCAUUGCUCAAUCCUGGAGGAUCAAUCUAUUUCAUAUUGACUCUACAACCUGACAGCAAGAAAAACUCCACUUUCCUGUAAUUUGUUGAGUACAUCAAACCCAAGAUCAAGUAUUUCACAACUAUUGAUUUUGGAUCAAUCACUUAUGAAAAAGAGUUUGAGACAUUGCUAAAUAAGAGUCAAUUGAAAGUUGUAAACAAAGAAAAAUUGAAUAAAGAUUUCAAUAUUCCGACCAAAAUUUUUAGAGUGUUUGUUUAUGAAACCAAAGCUUGAGUAAUUAUUUUAUCAAAUGGAAAAAAUUAUAAAUUAAUUGAUAAGCA